GCGCUCGCGAGCCAGCGCGCGCGUUCUCGCGUUUCUGGUACCCGUGAAGUUCCCCGAAUCUCCUAUCCUGCUGCGCGCUCGCUCGCGCUCGCUCCCGAGUCCCGGUCGCUAGAGUUCCGCGGCGUUCGCGCGCACUUCGCAGCCAGGUCCCCGCCCCCUGCACGCCGGGCUCUCUGGGCACCACAGCCAUGUGCUCGUUAGCGUCGGGCGCUACCGGCGGCCGAAGCGCUUUGGUGGAUGAGGAGGACCUGCCAGAUCUGUCAGACAGCGGGGACGAGGCCGCCUGGGAGGAUGAGGACGAUGCCGAGCUCCCCCACGACAAGCAGCAGACUCCCUGCCUGUUCUGUGACAGGUUAUUUACCUCUGCUGAAGAAACUUUUUCCCACUGUAAGUCUGAGCAUCAAUUUAAUAUUGAUACCAUGGUCCAUAAACAUGGGCUUGAAUUUUAUGGAUACAUUAAACUGAUAAAUUUUAUUAGACUUAAGAAUCCUACAGUUGAGUAUAUGAAUUCCAUAUACAACCCAGUGCCUUGGGAAAAAGAAGAGUAUUUAAAGCCGGUAUUAGAAGAUGAUCUUUUACUUCAAUUUGAUGUAGAAGAUCUUUACGAACCAGUGUCAGUCCCAUUCUCAUUCCCCAAUGGACUCAGUGAAAACACCUCUGUUGUUGAGAAACUGAAGCACAUGGAGUCCAGGGCACUGUCUGCCGAAGCCGCUUUAGCUAGAGCACGUGAGGAUCUGCACAGAAUGAAACAGUUUGCUCAGGAUUUCGUGAUGAACGCAGAUGUCAAAACCGGAUCGGCAUCUUCUACUGCCAUUGCAGACCUCCAGGAGGAUGAGGAUGGUGUUUACUUCAGCUCAUAUGGGCAUUAUGGGAUACAUGAAGAAAUGCUAAAGGACAAAAUACGAACAGAAAGUUACCGAGAUUUUAUAUACCAAAAUCCACAUAUCUUCAAAGACAAGGUAGUUUUGGAUGUUGGUUGUGGAACUGGAAUUCUCUCUAUGUUUGCUGCUAAAGCUGGGGCGAAGAAGGUUCUUGGAGUUGAUCAAUCUGAAAUCCUUUACCAGGCGAUGGAUAUCAUAAGACUAAAUAAACUUGAAGAUACUAUCAUACUAAUUAAAGGAAAGAUUGAAGAAGUUCGUCUUCCUGUAGAGAAAGUGGAUGUUAUUAUAUCAGAAUGGAUGGGCUAUUUUCUGCUUUUUGAGUCUAUGUUAGAUUCUGUUCUUUAUGCAAAGAACAAAUACUUGGCAAAAGGAGGAUCGGUCUACCCCGACAUUUGCACUAUCAGCCUUGUGGCAGUAAGUGAUGUGAAUAAACAUGCUGAUAGAAUUGCUUUUUGGGAUGAUGUUUAUGGCUUCAACAUGUCCUGCAUGAAGAAAGCAGUUAUUCCAGAAGCCGUUGUGGAAGUUUUAGAUUCAAAGACUCUUAUUUCAGACCCUUGUAAUAUUAAGCAUAUAGAUUGCCAUACAACAUCUGUCUCAGAUUUGGAGUUUUCUUCAGAUUUUACCCUGAAAAUCACAAAGACAUCCUUGUGCACGGCAGUUGCUGGCUACUUUGAUAUAUAUUUUGAGAAGAAUUGCCACAACAGGGUCAUGUUCUCUACGGGCCCCCAGAGCACCAAAACACACUGGAAACAAACAAUAUUUCUACUGGAAAAGCCAUUUUCAGUUAAAGCAGGUGAAUCCUUGAAAGGAAAGAUCACAGUCCACAAGAAUAAGAAAGACCCACGUUCUCUGAUUGUGGCCCUCACACUGAAUAAUUCGACGCAGACUUACGGUCUCCAGUGACGAAGCCACUUGCAGUUUUUCUUGUGGGGGUGGGAUGGGUUUUCUGCGAGGACGUGGAUGAUGGGUCCUUUCCUCAUGAGUCUCCUCAAUAGGCUCGUGGUAGGAAUCCAGUGUAAUCCAGCUAAAGAAGGGAACUCACUGAUUCUGCUGGUCCACCUACGCAAUCGCAUUAUGGAAGUCUGGUCAGUGAGAUCUAACCAACUGUAACCCUUACGUUAAGUUGAGCUAUAUUGAAAAUCAUUUAAAUUGUCCUAAAUUUGGAACAGAGAUAGUCUUUUCUUGUUUUUCAAAAGUUUCCUGCUAUACAUUUUACACACUAGUUAUUACUUAGUUAUUUGGGUAAUAUUUUAUUAAACUAGUAACUGUACACAAGGUGUUACACAUUUUAUUGCAAUUUCCUCUCUAAGGAAGAGCAGUUUUUAAUAGUAUUAUUUGUUAGAUUAUCAGGAUAUAAUAAAGACCAAGUGUAAAGACUAGAAUAUGGAAAAGUACAUCACAUAAAUCAUAUUUGAAGACAGCUUAGUUGAUUAUAAUUCUGUAGUUCUCAUUUUGUAGCUUAUUCCCUUUUUGCAAAUAUUCUUUAGCCAUUUAUUUUUCUAGGAUUGCCCAGGAAAUCUAAUUUCAAUAUGUCUGUUCUAGGUUUCAUAAAAGUUUUUAAAGAUCGGGGUAAAUAUAUGCUUAUUUACUAACAGUACUUCUUCAAACUAGAUUUUUGUGCAAAGUUAAAUGUGUAACUGUAUGUUACUCUUUAUAAUUGUGUCAUUUAUAGUUGACUCAGUUUGAAAUGCAGAAUAGAAACCAUUUAUAAAACAUGUACAAUAACCAUUAGCAUUAAAUAAAAAGACAGUUCAAAAUAUUAAGGCCUUUUAUAAAAUCAGAGGCAUUUAAAACAAGUUUUUUAAAAAUGUUUUAUUAAAAUGUAAUCAACAUACAAUAUUAUAUUAGUUUCAGGUGUACAACAUAGUGAUUUAACAUUUAUUACAUACCUUACAAUGUGAUCCCCACAGUAAGUCCGAUAGCCGUCUGUCCCCAUGAAACGCCACCGUUGUAUGAUUGACUGUCUUCCCUGUGCUGUGUGCUGCCUUGCUGUGGCUUAUUCAUUGUAUAACCGGAAGUUUGUACCUCUUAUCCUCCUUUACCAUUUUUAAUUAUUCUCCCCUCCCUCUCCUCUCUGGCAACCAUCUGUUCUCUGUAUCUAUGAGUCUGUUUUUGUUUUGUUUUAUUUUUUAAAUUCCACAUAUAAAUCAUAUGCUGUGUAUCUUUCCCUGUCUGACUUACAUGUUUCAUUUACUGUGGUACCUUCUAGGUCCAUCCAUGUUGCCACAAAUGGUAAGGUUUCAUGUUUGUUUGUUUGUUUGUAAUUUCUGAGUAAUAUUCCAUUGUGUAUAUAUACCACCUCUUCUUUGUCCAUUCAUUUAUUUUUGGCCACCUAGGUUGCUUCCAUAUCUUGGCUGUUGUAAAUAAUACUGCAGUGAACAUAGGGGUUGCAAAUAUCUUUUCAAAUUAGUAUUUUUCUUUUCUUUGGAUGGAUACCCAGAAGGGAAUUUCUGGGUCUUAUGAUAGUUCUGUUUUUAAUUUUUUGAGGACUCUCCACACUUUUCCGUACUGGCUGCAUCAGUUUAUAAUUCGAAAAAUAGGGCAAGAGGGUUCACUUUUCUCCACAUCCUCACUAACACUUGUUAUUUAUUUUUUUAUACUAGCCAUUCUUGUAGGUGUGAGGUGGUACCUCAUUGUGGCUUUGAUUUGCAUUCCCUGAUGAUUAGUGAUGUUGGGCAUCUCUUCACAGGUUCAUACCUUUGUUGGCCAUUUGCAUGUCUUUGGAGAAAUGUUCAUUCAGGUCCUCUCCCCAUUUUUAAAUUGGAUUAUUUGGAUCAUUUUGAUGUUAAUAAACAAGUCUUAAGAAAAAAGUUGCUUUUGAGAAAGCCAGGGAUCUUUAAAGAAAGGUGGGUCACAUGCUUCUUUUCAGUUCACCCACUGUUUUUUAAAUUUUAUUUUAUUUUUUUCAAAACAACACAUGCACAAGACAACAUGGCAUAGUGAUGAGAAGCAUGCGCUCUGGAGUCAGUGCCUAGGUCAAAGCCUUGGCUCGAGCUCUUACUUGCUGUGUGAUCUUAGUCACAUUCCUUAACCUCUCUCUUCCUCCGUGAAUGUGCCAAUUCAUGACCUAAUACGUUUCAAGUACUUACUUAGAUCAGUAGUUGACAGUCAGUGCUAGGUGUAUAAUAGCGUCAUCUCAUACAGUCAAGGACCCCUCCCAAAGAGUACAUGGCAUUUACAUUAGAGCAGUCAGAGAACUGUCAGCCUCAUUAAGUACUACCUAAUACAUGGAUGGGUGGGAAGACUGCAACAGAAAUUAAUAUUUUAAUAUAGCAAGUAUUGUACCAAAAAGAAAUAAAUAGUCUUUUGGUCUUUCUAAGAGAACUAGACUUCUACCGAUGAGAAAAUCAACCCCUUCAAAUGAUGGUGUUUCAGACCGUAGUCUCUAAGAAAGAGAAGUUGAGGAAGGAGAGAAGACUUCUCCUUUCACUGGGUUAAACCAACCAGCUUGUUCCCACUGUGGGUUUGAAUUCAGACCAUCACUGGGAAUGUGUGGUACAGAUGGUACAGCCCAGAGUACUUGAAAUUUUGUCUGGAAUGGCUUCACGUACAGAUCUGAGUACAGUGGGGUGAUAAAAGUAAGGAAGUCCAUAAGAAGACACAAUGGAUUUUUAAAGUAACCAAAAACCAUGUAAUUUUAGGGUAUUUUUUCUUUCUUGUAAGUGCAUAACACUUUCUGCUACUUCAAAAAGUAUUUAUCAAAAAUGAUUACUUUUCAAAACUCAUUUGAUUUUCAUAGCAUUUUUACCCAGUGGCUCUUGAUUUUUUUUCCCUCCUAGUCAUAGCUAGCCCAACCAUAUCCUGUUUGUUUCAGUUAGCCAUCCCGGGCUAGAACAUUCUAAUUUGUAUACCUAAAUAUUUUGUAAGAAUAUAAGAGUCCAAAUGUUAGCUCUUCGUUUGGAAUCUGCCAUUAAACUUCUGUGAAAAAUAAGUACUUCAUCACCCUUGACGAUGAAAAAUAUAAUGUCCUUUCAUACUGUGGUAGAUGGGCAUUUGUGGUUAGCAAGUUAUUCUAUCCAAGAAUUUUAUUUCCAUUAAGAUGAUAACAUUUUUCUUCUGUUUUCUUUUGUGGAAACUCACAUGAUUAUGUUGUAAUGUGUGGAGUUCAUCCAAGCAUAACGGUCAUCUCUUGAGUAAAGAACUAUUUUCUGAACAGAGCAUUUUAGGAGUGGAUCCAAGAAAACAGAGCUCUUGAAGGCGUACAGCGUUGCACAAAGUGGCCCAUUAAGUAUCCCCAGCUUCUGGGGACACAAAUUAGUCAGGGAGCUGUCUGUCAUUUAACCCUUAAAGAAUCUCUGUUUGAGGUGUAGGGUGGGUAAUUCUGGUCCUAGAGUUACUUAAUUUUUAUCACAAUCUAGAUUAACCGAUAUGGUCCACCUGUGUCUUUCAGCAUUCUACCUCUCUCACUUCUUAAAAUGGAGUAUCUAAACUGUGUCGUGCGGCCCUGGCCAGUGUGGUUGAGUUGGUUGGAACGUCAUCCCAUACUGCAAAGGGUUGGGGUUCGACUGCUGAUCAGGGCACAUACCAGGGUAGUGGGUUCAAUCCCUGGUCCGGGCACGUGUGGGAGGCAACCAGUUGAUGUUUCCCUCUCACAUUGAUAUUUCUCUCUCCCCCCUUCCUCUCUCUCUAAAAUCAAUAAACAUUUUUUUAAAAAGUGUUGUAAUGAAAUGUGUGAAGUUACCAACUUGAGACCAGUUCACGCUGGUCUCACCAGUCAUGCUAUCGAGUGCAGGAAUUAUAGUAAUGACACUGCUAAGAGCAUUCAACAGGGGAGAUUAAAAGGGGGAAUAUGCCAUGUAGUGCCUGCUGGCCGUGCCAAAAAUGACCAUUCCGGCUGCUGGACGGUAGCAUAUACCUGAAACAUCCAAGUAUUCAGAUCUUUCUCUGCAGCAGAGUAUCUCCAGAGUUUGGAGUUCCAGUGUGUGGUGAAAGUCAAAGUCAAGCAUCACCCACUGCAGGGUCGACAGACGACAGCCUGGGGCCAUAUUCAACUUCCUGCAAAUUUUGGUGAAUAAAACUGUAUUGGAGCAGAGAUAGCUAAUACCGUAGGUAGAAUAUUUCCUUGUGUGACUCAUUAGUGGCCACAGCAGAGAAGUUACAUACAAUAGAACACAGAUUACAAGAACUAUGCUUUGAAAACAAAUGGGGAGCUGAGCAACUGGAGGUACUCUAUGAAGACUUAGAGGACGGACCAAGACAUCCUGAUGUUUUUUAUAAGUACAGUAUUUAUAUAUUUGAGAAAGACCAGAGAAAUGUGCAAACAGAAUUUAUCAAAGGUAGAGACUUUUACUUGAAAGAAUGACUGACAAUCAGUGGCAGACAUUGUCCUACAAAAGAAAAGAGUGAGGUUAUUCAAACAAAACAACUGAUAGGAUUUUUUGCUAAUGAUAAAAUUCAAAUGAGAAUUUUGGAAAACAUGUAUCCAUCACCGUGAGCUUGCCAGUUGUUAAAAAGACAGGUGAGUGAUGGAAGGGCGG